AUGGUCCUGUUCAUAUUCCUUGGUGUGGCAGCGGUGACCAUACCGAUCGGCAUCGUGUGCUUGGUCUAUGGCCUCAAGCCUGUCGAGGUGUACCAGCGUUAUGAUGACGAGUGCCUGGCCAACCUGACCACCAACGCCGCGCGCUCGAGCUUCAUACGCACCUCCCAGUCUCAGGACACGUACAAUGAGAGCGCCCUGGCCUGCACCAUAACCCUCACCAUCCCUGAGCGCAUGCGGCCGCCCAUCUUUGUGUACUAUGAGCUGCAGGGCGUGUACCAGAAUCACCGGCGCUACGUGAAGAGCCGCAGCGACGUGCAGCUGGCAGGGCAGCAGGUAAAGGACGUCGCCUCGUUGGCGGCCUGCGAGCCUUUGGUGCUGUACAACGGGAACCCGGCCCAGAUCAUCAACCCCUGCGGCCUGGUGGCGUGGAGCAAUUUCAACGACAGCUUCGUGCUGACCCGCGUCUCGCCCGCCAACGGCUCCGGCGCCGCCGCCGCGCCGGUCCCUGUGCCCGUCUCGGACAAGGGCAUCGCCCUGUCUUCCGACCUGAAAGACCGCUUCGGCAACUACACCCCCUCCUUCUUCAACCCUGCCCUCAACGCCUCGCGCGGCGGCGGCAACAUGACGGCCCCCGACGGUCGCCUGCUGACCGUCAGGAGCGACGAGCGGUUCGUCAAUUGGAUGCGGACGGCGGCGCUGCCGCAGUUCAGGAAGCUGUGGGGGCGCAUCGACGGGAUACAGGGAGGCGGGCUGGAGGCGGGUGACGUCAUCCAGGUCGACAUCAUGAACCGGUGGAACACCUACAGCUUUGACGGCCAGAAGGCCAUCGUCCUGGGCACGACCAGCUGGCUGGGCGGCCAUAACCCCUUCCUGGGGAUCACCUACCUCGCCACCGGGGGCGCCUCGCUGCUGCUGGGCCUCGCCUUCCUGCUGGCGCGGCUGAUCCACCCCCGCAAGUUUGGGGACCCCCGCCUCCUGGAGCACCUCAAGAACCAGUGA